AUGCCGUAUCCAAUGACAACGUACACAACCUUCAACCUAGUAGCACAGAUAAUUUUGACUGCUUCUGGAAUGAGCUCGUUGAUUUUCAUUGCGAACUCUCGUCAACACUACAAUAUAGAUGAUGACCUCAGGAAGUGGCAUAUACCUGCUCCACGUGAACUCCAAGCUAAUGACGUUAUCAUUUCAAAGCCGUUGGAGUCAAAGGCCGGCCAGAAACUCAAUGCUUCUGAAGACGUUAGGUCUUGUGAAGGAGCAUUUCUCGACCUACUCAAUACGCGUUUGAAUACACCCGUUCAGCUGCCCCACUAUGGUGUAAAAAUUUACCUUCAACUGCAGCACCCUUUCGCCGCCCUAAUGUCAUGCCAUCAGAAUGAAGCACGAGGGCUGGGACAUUGCCAGGAAGCCCAAGCAUAUACAGGGGAAGUCGAGAGGUACAGGUCGGAAUCGAACCAUGGUCCUUUCGAUCAGUAA